GGAAACUUUAUUUGAUUUUUUCUCAAGAUACUUCUCAAGAUUCUUCUCAAGAUUCUGGAAGGCCAACAAAUAUCUAAAUACCUGUGAAUCACUGAUAUAGUGAAUGUAUUUUCAAGGUGUACUAAUUCAAAUCACUCGUCAGUGUAUAUUGAUGACUGAUAUUGACACUCCUUUCAAAUUCUUUUCAAGGCGUGAAUUGACAUUUAUUAAAAAGUGACAUACCUAUAUUAUAAUAGCCGUUAUAUCCCAAUAAGAUGAAACAACGACAGAUACGACAUCCUAUUAAACUGCAUGAGUCUCUUAUUAACUAUUAUGCUAGCCCAGCUCCAAGUAUUGGUACUCCAGAUAUACAUUCUGAAGUUUACUCAGACAGUCUAGAAGAUAGUUCAUGUUCAGAAUCAUCAGAUAUAGUAGUUGACGAAUUAUCUUCUGAUAUUCAUAAACUUUUGUGGGAUCCAUGGAGCAGAAACAGAUUUUCCAAGAACCCUUGGUCCGAUAAAGAACGACCUCAUGUUAGAAUAAAUCGGUACAAAGAUAUGAAGUUGACACCAGUUGAGCGUGCAGGAAAGUUAUCUAGAAGAGCUAUAGCUUCUUGCCUGACAUAUUUGGAGAAGUCACCGUAUGAUCAAAAUUACGCCUUAUGCAAAUGUCAGUUAAAUGAUAAGACGUUAAUCGAUAUAUCAGAAAUAAGACGAUAUCACUACAUUCAAUACUUGAACAUUGCCCAUAACUUUAUUGUAACAUUGGAACCACUAAGUGAAAUGCCAUUUUUACAAUAUUUGGAUGCAUCGUUUAACUCUAUCGAACAAGCAUUCGAUUUUAGUCCACCUUUAUAUCUCACCACAGUCAAUUAUUCAGGCAACAAGAUUGUACAUAUACCAAAUUUGAAAAGAUUUUGGUCCAUUGUACAUUUGAAUAUGUCUUACAAUAAAAUACGAGAAAUAAGAGGUUUGCAGAGAUUAAAAUUUUUGACGUACUUAAACUUAUCUCACAAUAAAAUCCGAAUGCUAGAAAAUUUAAGUAAGUUGAAUAUAGAAACUUUGAUCCUGCGACAAAACAAUAUAUAUUUAUAUGAAACCGAAAAUGAACAUACAGGAUUCGGCACUUUAGAAAGACUUCAUACCCUGGAUUUAGCAAAUAACCAACUUACGACUCUGCAGUUUAUGCAUAAAAAUUAUCGGCUAGAAAACGUUGAUAUGGAAAAUAAUGAAAUUUCGAACUUGAUGGAGAUCUUUUACCUUAAAGGGUUACUUAAUCUUAAACGGUUAAAUCUUACCGAGAAUAUUGUAGCAAAUACUCCACAUUUUCAGAAAAUGUGUCUUAGAACUUUUCCUCGCCUACAAAGUUUAAAUGAUAACCAAGUGACAGCCGAACAGAAAGUAGAAGCUUGUACCAAAGAAGGUGUUAAUCCGAUCUACACGUCUCACGUCUGCAGGACUCAGUUGCUGCUGCUUGACACCCUUCAAAAGUCAAAUAUUGGUCCUCAAGUUUUCCCUUAUGAUCAACCUCCACCCAACGUUAUAGCAGUCAUUGGUCCACCUGCAUCUAGAAAGACGAUAACAAUUAACAACUUUUUUGAAGAAUAUGGACGGAUACAAUUGGGAGUAAGCCAUACUUCACGAAAAAAGAGACCAAGCGAAAUAGACGGCAAAAAUUAUUACUUUAUAGAAAAAGAAGAGUUUGUUGAUAUGAUAAAACGAGCUGAAUUUAUUUCGGCUACGGAAUUUAACGGAUCUCAUUAUGGCAUAACACAUAAAGAGUUAGUGAAAGGCAUUGAUUCCAUUGUUAUUUUCCUUUGCGAUUUAAAAACAGCUCUCACGUUAAAAAUAUCAGGCGUCAAUAUCAAAUUAGUACUGGCUUUACCUAAAGAUGAACUGCUUCACAUAAAAUGGGCUAAGGAUAUAUAUUCCCUGGAAGAAGCAAAUUAUUUGGACUAUACAGAAUUAUUAGUUGUACCGGUUUCUGCCUCCAUCCGGCCUGUUGCAUCUGGAGCAUAUGCGGACGAUGAUAUUUUUGAAGAAGAUUCAGGUUCUAUGGUCCUUGAUACGGAUGAAUCAUAUUCAUCAGUUAAUGAAGAGGUUAUUAACGAUGUAUCUCCAUGUGAUGAUCCGCAACAGGAAAAUCCUGGUGACCUAAUAUAUUCUUCCGUACAUUCGGAAUGUUCAAUGCAAUCUAAUGUAAUGGUUAUGGAUUCGCAAAGAGUUAUGGACAAAUUCGAUAGUCUCAAGCAGAGUCAAGAAACAAAACUUGCUCAAUACCUUCAAAAUAUAAACUAUGAUCAAAAAUUUGGGCUACAGCAGAAGAAGAACCUAUCUGAGAAUAUUCCUGGUACUGUGGAUGAAAUAGUCAACUUAAGAAAAAGUGAAUUAGACGAAAAGUCGUCUAUAAUAUCAGCUGGAUCUAUUCAACCGCAUAAGAAACACAAAAUUAGCGAAAAAUCUGGGUCAAACGAAAAAAUAAAUGAUGACAGUAGUAAAAGAGUAUCUUUCCAUCAUUUUGACUUCUCAUUUAUGUAUGGAGAGGAAUCUUUAUCUGCGCAACCAAGAAGAGAACAAUUAAGAAGUAUUAGUGACGCACAUAUUUUGAAGGGUUUUAGGAGUCAAAUCGAUGAAAAUCCUUUAUUAAGCGUUUUAAGCUGUACAGAUAUUAAAGAAAAAGCCUCCAGAACUGUUUAUACCUCAAUGACAGACAGGAUUCAUGCACUAAGAUAUGAUAAACUGGCACCGUUUUUCAAACGCAUUAUAGAUAUAAAAAAUAUGCUCUUACAAUUACAUUGGCAGAAUCCUGGACUAUUUCACACUGUGAUAUUUACGGAUUACCCAGGAGAUUGUGUAAAUGGUCUUAAAGAUGUUGCUCGGGGUAUGAUGACUACGUUAGGUGCAACAAAAAACUAUAAGGAUCCUAAUCUGUUAAAGAAUCAUCCUGAUUUUCAAGAAGUCAUUAAACUCAGAUUGGCUAACAUGAAGUUACAUGAGAAUCCUUUUACUAGAAUUUAGUAGUGAAGAACUCAAGAUCUGACGGUAUUGCAUCAAUGACACGAAUAUAUACCAAGUUUUACAUGAAUAUGUAUUGUUGAAAUUUUAAAUAAACUAUGUAAAGCACA